AUGACGCAUUACGACCGAGAACCAGUCUUCAAAACCCACCCCAUCACAAGAGACUAUGAGAUCAACUGGAAAAAGAAUCUGGGGUCGGGGGUGAGCGGACCGGUGAGGCUCUGCAUACACAGAGAAACGGGCAAGAAGUACGCACUGAAGAUUCUUCUGGAUCGGCCAAAAGCCCGUAAGGAGGUUUCCCUACAUUGGAGAUGUAGCAGCAGUCGUUACGUUGUCCGUGCCAUCGACGUUUUUGCCAACGAGGUGAUCCUCCCCGGAGACAGCGUCGCUAAGAAGAGGAUCCUCCUCGUUAUGGAGCUAAUGGAAGGAGGGGAGCUCUUCGAGUACAUCACGAAACGGCGGAAUUUCACCGAGCGUGAGGCAAGUCAGAUCCUGAACCAAGUGGUACAAGCCGUGCGAGACUGUCACCAUCUCAACAUUGCUCACAGAGACAUCAAACCAGAGAAUCUUCUUCUUGAGAAAUGCGACGUCAGAGCCGGCGAAAACCCAACCAGCCUAAAAGUGAAGCUCGCCGACUUUGGCUUUGCCAAGAUAGACAACGGCGAUCUGACAACUCCGCAGUUCACCCCAUACUACGUGGCGCCACAGGUUCUCGAAGCUCAAAAACGACAGAAGGAGAUUCGCAGCGGUGUGCGCUCGCCGGGAAGCCCCUAUUAUUACGAUCGGAGCUGCGACAUGUGGUCUCUCGGCGUCAUCCUCUACAUCAUGCUCUGCGGGUAUCCUCCGUUUUACUCCGAGAUUCCGUCGCAGAGUCUGUCUCAGCGAAUGAAGAGUCGGAUUAUGUCCGGUUCGUUUGAAUUCCCCGACAAAGAGUGGAAUAAUAUCUCAGACAACGCUAAAGACCUGGUCAGGAAGCUUCUCUGCGUCGACGCAACAAAGAGAAUCACAAUCGAUGAGGCAAUUCGACAUCCCUGGUUGUCGAGUGGAUCUUUUCCAACUGCUGACCUCCCGUCCCCAGGGAUUAUGCUGGACAAGGAGGCCCUCGAUCAGGCAAAGGCGUUCCACAGCGAGUUCCUGCAAGGCAUGCGACGAGAGGAAGAAGGUUUCUUCCUCAAACCGAUCGGAAAGUCGCAGAACAAGCUGCUGUCAAACCGGAAGAAAACGCUCGCCCAAAACAACACCGAGGCAACCGACGGAGCAAGUGCAGUGUCACCAGCGACCACCACACGAGAAGGACUAGACAGUCUUCGAGAGCUGAAAGACCUUUGCGCCAUGCCACCCCCUCUCCCUCCCUCCACCUCGGGUGAGAGCUACGCAGACUCCAGCCUCAUCGAGGGCGUCAAGAAAGCCCUCAUGUACAAUGAAGGUCACGAGAGGUUGCAGUCUGCGAUCCAGGCCGAGUCUUGGAACGGGACUGAGUUUGUUGCGAUGGUGAAUAGACAGCGACUGGCUCUCUCACUCCAGGCAGUCAUAGACAGCUUUCCCACAGUACUAGUGUCCGAAUCCUCGACUAGUUAG